AUGUUCAAGUUCCUGCCGUUGCUCGUGCUGGGUUUCCUCGCCUCCGGCUAUGCGCUGCCCGUUGCCGAAGAGAAGGAGUUUGUGGCCAUUUUGAAAUCGGAGGUGAACAAGAACGAGGAUGGCUCAUACCAGGUCAACUACGAGGGCGCCGAUGGCACCGAGCGCAAGGAGGAGGCCAGCGUUGUGGAUGCCGGCACCGAGAACGAAACGCUGGAAGUGAAAGGUUCCUACAAGUACAUCAACGAUAAGGGCGAAACGGUUGAGGUAUUCUACACGGCCGGCGUCAAUGGAUUUGUGCCAUACGGCACCAUAAUCAAUCCGGAGAUCACCUCAGUCGCCGAGGCAGCCAAGGAUUUGCCCAACACUCAAGAAGACGAAGUGAAGUCGUAA